GGCUACUCGUGACGUGCUUUUACUGUGCAUUCCUCGUGUUCCCGUUCCUGGCUUUUGGCGAUACCACGCGGUGAAAGUAAUAACAGUUAUUACUUGUUCUUCAAACCCUUCCUGGAUUGCCGUUUCCUCAGUGAAGCGAGAAAUCGCGGAGAGGUUGCAUCUUGAACUUAUCAAACUCUCAAAACAAGCAACAUGAGCGAAACCGAAGCCGCAGUCAACCCGAAAGCGUACCCGCUGGCCGACGCGCCGUUGACCAGCAAGAUGCUGAACCUGGUCCAACAGGCAGCAAACUACAAGCAGCUUCGGAAAGGUGCUAAUGAAGCUACGAAGACCCUGAACAGAGGUCUCGCUGAGUUCAUCGUCAUGGCCGCCGAUGCUGAGCCUUUGGAGAUUGUACUACACAUUCCGCUGCUCUGUGAGGAUAAGAAUGUUCCCUACGUCUUUGUCCGGUCCAAGCAGGCCUUAGGCCGCGCAUGCGGAGUCUCCCGUCCUAUUGUGGCGUGCUCUAUUACAAUUAAUGAGGGCUCGCAACUGAAGCCUCAGAUUCAGGGUAUUCAGCAAGAAAUUGAAAGACUUUUAGUGUAAGAGUGUGUGUGAAAGUUUUCUUAAAAAUAAUAAGCUUUAAACUC